AGGCCAAGUAUGGUGGUUUCGCAUUCGUUUCAUAUCCUUGUGAAUCCUGAUAUUUUCAUGUCCGUGUGAAAAUUUCCUUGCGUUGACAAAAGUUUUUUCAUCGAUUAUCAUGUUCAAGAGACACAACAAGUUAUAUGAUUGUCAUUAUCCUCGUUGGCUCGAAAUCCACCACAAACUUUGAUCAAGAAAGCCGAAUUCCUCUCUCGGUUGCCACCAAAAGAAGCACAGAUGAUCGACAAGGUACAAUUGAUGCUAAACAAGUUCAUGACGAGGUUGAUGAAGUUUCAAAUGCAAAGAAAUCCCUUGGUAAUCACAAUGUAGGAAGCAAUGAAGCCGAGAACGAUGAGGAAGAAGAGAAUGAAGAUGAUGAUGAACUGAGAAGAAGAGUAGAAGAAUUCAUUGAAAAGGUCAAUAGAGGAUGGAAGGCAGAAAUGUUGAUAACUCGACAAUUAGUUUCAAUUUGAAUAUCUGUACAAGCUUUAUUUGAUAGAUAAAGCUAUAAACUUAUUUUAUUUUAUUUUAUUUUUUAUCUAACUUAAUAGAGGCUAAAUGUUCUUAGAAUUGUUGCUCUAGGAUAGUAAAAAACUAGGAUAUUUUUAUGUCAAAGUUUUGAAUUGCUC